AUUAAAAAUAAUUAUUUCUGGCCUAUCCAAAAUUUAGGUAUUUAUGUGGUCCAACCCCUUAACAAUAGAAUGUUUCAGGAAGACCAUGGCGAUUACGAUCGCAAGUGUCCACGCAAAGAAGAUCUUUCUUGGAUAAAUAAUGCCUUAGAAUCGAAAUUCAAAAAACUUGAGGAUCUUUGUACCGGUGCAGCAUAUUGCCAGUUGUAUCAUUAUUUCUUUCCGCAUCUCAUGGAUUUGAGGAAAGUAGUAUUCUUGACUAAUCUUAAAGCAGAUGCUGUUAAGAAUUUCUUAAUACUACAAGAGGCUUUACACAGAAGACAAGAGUUCAGAGAGAUACCCUUUUCGGAAGUAACUAAACACGAUUAUGCAUCCAAUUUAGAGUUUUAUAUCUGGUUUAAGCAAUUCUUUGAUAAUAACUUUAAAGAUUUCCAACGCAUUUAUUAUCCAUUGGAAGAACGUUUUAAUCUUGAAAUUGGAUAUGGUGAACCAAAGGUGAAAUCGAACGAAUCACUUACAUACGUCAAUGCGAUACAGAUAAAUCAUGAGAAACCUCGACAUUUGGAAAAAGCAUUAAGAAAAGCAAGAAAACAAUUUGAAGUUGAAAACUUUAAUCUUGAGAUAAAAUAUUCUGAAAGGAAUUUGUACUUAAGAAAGAUUUUUCGCGUACAACGGGUUUGUCGCAUGUAUCCAUCUAAUGAUCCGUUUAUAAAGAGUAUUCUAAAAAUUACACGUGGCGUGACAAACAUGGUGGGUGUAUCGCCUUUUGUCCAAAAAGAAACGUGAUUGACAUAUAUAUCAAUAAGUAUAAAACACAUACCAAAUUUUACCUGUCUUUUUUAUAAAGAAUAAAUAGUGGCUUUGAGAAAAAAG